GAAUCAGUUUGGAACAGUCAGUCUUGGCGCAAAGUGUGCUUAGAGGAUCGCAAAGGAGACUAAAGCUUAAUAUAAUCAUAGGAGGAUACAGAAAGGACCAAAGCCAUGCAGAGAUCCUUGUUGCUAGUGCUAAUUUCCAGCAUUUUGCUGAGUGCUGCACUUGCUCAGCCCGUGAGUUCGGAGAAAGCCGAGAAGAAGAAUUGGCUGGAACGGAUGAUGGCACCUGGUUUUGAUCCAGAACUCUUAGACAGCGACGAGCUUCGGGAACUUAACUUGUCGAUAGAGAAAACUUUUUCCAAGCGGUCCCCCAAGGAUGCCAGCAGCUCCUCCGAGGAGCACAAGGGCACGAUCAAGGACAAGGCGGACAGCUCCGGGGAUUCCUCGUCCGAGGAAAAGACAACCACUACCACCGCACCCGUUGAGUCCAGGAGACGGAGGCAGAUUAGAAAACUGGAGUUAGAGGUUAGGCGGAGGCGUGAGGUUAGCGCCCAGGAGCAGGAUCCAAAAAUCACCGACGAGCCGGAACUGGACGCCCAAGGCGAAAAGGAACUGGACGAGGCGAUGGUCCGGGCUCUGAGCGACACGGAUAACACCAGCAUCGAGGACUACGCCCAGGGAUGCGAGGUCAUGGAGGUCAGCUCCAAAGAAGCCAAUGAGGCCACGUACGCAGAAUAAUUUCCCAAAGACCUUACUAUUUAAAAUAAACAUACUUACAUGAAAACUCCACAAA